AUAACAUCAAACUUCCAGUCAAAUGGACCGCACCUGAAGCUCUGAAGAAAGAGAAAUUCUCCACAAAGUCAGAUGUCUGGAGUUAUGGUGUUCUUCUGUGGGAGAUCUUCUCAUAUGGUCGUCUACCUUACCCCAAGAUGGACCUGGUGAGUGCCCAGACGCUCGAAUGCAUUUGUCACUGGAUACCAUGAGCAUGGUGGACGACAGCUGCCUCUCACCCAGCAACUUCCACGAAAUGGGCAAAGGUGGGGGCUUCGCUUCAGGGGGCCGCGUCCACAGCAUUGAUGUCAUUCUCGGUUUCAGUAAAGACCAGGACCCCCUGCUCAGUCCGGCUGGGGCCUCUGGACCUCAGAAAGUGGACAUAGACGGCCUGGCAGAGCCUGGGAAGCAGCAGGAGCCCUCGUUGCACCCUUCCUACAGCGGGCACCUUUCCUCUCUGAGAAAUGGCAGCACAGAGCAGCAGCAGCAGCAGCAGCAGCAGCAGCAGCAGCAGUACCAUGAUACUGGCUUAUUCACAAAUAAGUGUGAGGAGGACCUGAGCGAGCUGAGGAAGAGCACAGACAGUGAUGAGGGCAAGUCUCCGGAGCCUUGCAAGGACGAUCAACCCAAGAAGAAGCACAGGCGCAACCGCACCACCUUCACCACCUACCAGCUGCAUGAGCUGGAGCGUGCCUUUGAGAAGUCCCACUACCCAGACGUGUACAGCCGAGAGGAGCUGGCCAUGAAGGUGAACCUGCCCGAAGUCCGAGUUCAGGUCUGGUUCCAGAACCGCAGAGCAAAGUGGCGUCGGCAGGAGAAAAUGGAUGCCAGCACCAUGAAGCUCCACGACUCACCCAUGCUGUCCUUCAACCGCCCGGCACCAGUUCACACCAGCAUGGGUCCGAUGUCCAACUCCCUCCCCUUGGACCCCUGGCUGACCUCUCCCCUGUCCAGCGCCACACCGGUUCACAGCAUCCCAGGCUUCAUGGGACCACCUCAGGGCCUCCAGCCAAGCUACCCCAACCACAGCUUCCUCAACUCCACUCCUCAUCCUCCCCACCCACAUCCUCACCCACACUCUCAUCCUCAUCCGUCCAUGGGUCAGGGGAUGCAGAGCAUGGCCCCUCCUCCUUACCAGUGUCCAGCAGUGUACCCUGAUAAAUACCCUCUGGAGGACGUGGACCAGCGCAGCUCGAGUAUCGCUGCGCUGAGAAUGAAAGCAAAGGAACACAUCCAGUCUAUGGACAAGACCUGGCAACCCAUGUGACUAACAAAUGUGGCAGUCCAUGUGGGUGACGUCGGGAAAGGGAGAUGAUGAAGAUUUUUCCUUGAGUUUCAGGGAGACAGACACUGAGAACAAUCUUUGAAAAGAUGGCACUGGCAUGUCUAUUAGGAAAAGGAUUUUGAAUUGUGAAGACUGAGGAUUUUAAGACUUUUAGUAUGGACUUUCUUUGUAUUUUUUCUCAUCUCAAGGACAUGAAGCAGAAGUCUAUAUUGUUACAUUUAACCCCUCCAAUCUGUAGCUGUUUAGCGUUGCUUUGGGUGCUAUAAACUUUCAGCAAACGUCAUCUUGAUGACCGUUGCUCUAAUCACAAUUUGCACCCCAGGAGCUUCUGCACACAAAUUUCUUUCCUUAUCAACCACUUUCUAUAAGCAAAACCAGAGGCAUGCGUCCCACAGGACUACCCAUAUUUAUGAACAGCUUAUCUGCUGAUAUAGGCAAGUUUUCAGGGGUCACAGACAUACUUUAAACCUACAUGUAAGAAACCGUUUUCCCCAUGCCUGGUGAUGUUUAUUUGUUCUUUGUGACAGCUUACGCCAGAGGACAGCAGCUCAUGAACACAUGCUAUAAAAUGAAAAUUGCCUAAAUGAAGCACUGCUGUGGGUAUUUAAUUUUUCUCACUCAUUUUUUUGUCCUGUAUUUGUGUCAACCAUCAGAUUGAUUGAGUCGGACAAAAGAUCUCAUUCUGUUGUUCAUUCUUUACUUUUCCCAUUUUCAUCAGCAAGUUUGUGUUUUUACUAAUUAAUCCAAUUGUCGAAUUUUCAUGGGUCAGCUAAUCAGAGUCUCUGAGUACUUUGUGAAUGAAGGUCCAGUCUCUGUGUAAUGUGAGAACAGCUUUUUCAGCAAGUCAAGACACGAAGACACAAUCUCUGACUGUGGCUGUAAAUGCAAGUCUCUCUCACUAAUCUGUUGACUUGUAUAAUUGGUUUUCAGUUCAUAUCGAUACUUAUUGCCUGCCCAGUUUAGGUAUUUGAGCCUGGAGCUUAUAGUUGCCCUGAUAUGACUGGAGAAAGAUGACAGGAAAUUCUCCCAUUUGUGGCAUCACCAACUGUAAAAUAGAUAAUUGUGUGGCAGGAAAGCACACUAGUUUGAGAUAUGAUGGCACCUUUUAAACAGACCAGGGCUAAGACUAUACCAAAAACAAUCCUAUAUGACUAUAAUCUUUUUUUAAAUUUGUACUGAGAUGCUUUAAAGAUGGACAGAAGGAAGGAAGGAAGGAAGUCAGGGAGGAAAGGAGGGAAGGAAAAGAGGAGGGCUAGUGAGCGGAGUAACCCUUUUUUUGCUUGAGUGGCUGUUGGAGGAGAAAACCUGUUGGCAGCUCAGUGUUGGGUGGCUGCGUGUACGUGCAGGGCAGCAGAAAGAGCCCUGUGUGAUGCGUCACCCCACAUAGUUUAGUCUUUGUUCGGCACAAUUGAUCCAAGUGUAUCCUCUUUGUCUGAAAUUGAAGGGUGGGGGGAAACGGUCUCAGGCUUCACUAAAUAGGCCCUUGUAACCAUUUAGUCAUGGAAGUUUUUUUUUCUGUUUUUCAAUCAAAGGGGGAGAAACAUGGAUUGUAGCUGCUAUGGUCAUUAGUGACACAAUAUUGGUCUUUUACCAUCUGUUACAGAGUUAAGCUCUAAUUAUGUUAAAGAUAGAGAGGAUCAGCUCUAAACUGUAUUUCAUUUGAGCAAUAAAGCUAAAUUUGUUAGUAUUUGGUAUUUAGUUGAUUAGGAUCUACAGCAUCUCACACAACUGAAUAUGCACAGGCAAAAAAGUUUCUGGUAACUUUUUUUUUUACUUGUUUAUGGAGCAAGAGGGAGAGAAAAUCCUUCAUCUUAAAGUGCAAUUUCAGAAUCCUUUUUAUUAUUAUAUGUAUAUAUCUUAAAUAAACAGGAGACUCAUUUCCCCCCAUAACUGCCCAUUGUGUGGUUGUGAUGUGAAAAUUACAAUUACAGCCACAACAGCAGCAAGAACAAACAAUCUUAAGUUCUUUCUGGUUCACUGGAAAAUCCAUUGUUCCGAGAGGGAAAACACAGUGUUACAUCUGCUGCUCAUUAUCAAUCAUCGUGUUUUUUUGUUUUUUUUUCCUUUUUAAAUGUUGUUGCUUAGUGAUGUUUAGAUGCCCUGUUGGACAGUGCCAGGACCACAGAGGAGAUGAGGAUUACCUUGCACAUUAAGCGCUUCUUUAGGAUGCUGCAUAAAUGUGAUUUUGGACCAAGAAUAAGCCAAAGGUUAGAUAUUGGACAAAACUGCACUAGAUGUUUGCCAGUUUUAAUUGUUUUUUUUUUAUGUGAAAAUGAACUGGAUAUUAUUUCCUGUAUGGCUGUUUCAUUUGUUACAUGUUGUAGUUAAAUCUGUCUUAGUGAUAUCAUUGUUUUCUUUCUUUUUGAUUUUGCCUGGAUCAUUGAUGUCCAUAUUCUGGAAAGAAUGAAGGUCUACUGAAAAUAAAUAU